UGUUACUUACGGUUAAUUUAUCCGCAAGUAUUAUGUCAUUUAAAUAUAAAAUAUAUUUCCAUUCCACAUGGGUACAGCGCUUCAGUGUCGUAGUAAACGUGAUAGUCGGAUAGAGCGGCAUGUGUCACGUUCCGGUUUACAUUUAUGUUUCUUGUUGAAUGUAAGCAGUUUAAACAUUUAUAAUAUUCUGUGUGAAUAACAGUGAUUAUAUUAGGAAGACGUAACAUAUGGUUAUGUAUUCAAAAAUAGUAUGCCUGCUUCUGGGGGAGAUCCAGUGAGUACAGCACUUCGCUUGUCCUUAACAAGUGAACGCACUGGAGAUCUUGAAAAGCGGUUAGUGGCGUCCUCAGCGAAUGUCCUCCUGUCUCAUAUAGAAUAUGAGUCGUCUGGCACCUUUAAGUCUUCUAUGUUGGAUACUUUGAAGGGAAAAUAUACUGUGCUACGCACUGGUGGGCCCAUUUCGAAUGGCAGUACUUGUCUGAAAUCCUGUAACAAAAAAUUAAGCGACGAAAUGAGGCCUGAGCCAGAUGCUGUGCUUCCUACUCCAGAGAGAACUCUGUUCCCAGCGGAAAAAGUGCAGCUGGGAUGGCGGGGGACUUUUCCAGUUGGAGCAGGGAUGAUAAAUAUGGGGAAUACCUGCUACCUGAAUUCCACAUUGCAGGCACUAUUCCAUGUUCCCGCUCUAGUCAACUGGUUGCAAAGUGAUUCUGGUCAUCUUGAAAAAUGUUCCAUAAAUGGAGGCAUUCAAAGCGAAUGCAUUAUUUGUGCCCUCAACAAAACAAUGAAAGCAUCUCAUAAUAAAGGUGCCGGUAUCAUCAAACCACUUUUGAUAUACAGUAAACUGAAAACAAUAUGCAAGCAUAUGAAUCAAGGUCAGCAAGAAGAUGCUCAUGAGUUUAUGCGUUACCUCAUUGAAAGUAUGGAGAAGGCAUACUUGCUUCGAUAUAAGGUUUACAAGUUGGACAACUACAGCAAAGAAACAACUCCAUUGAAUCAAAUAUUUGGUGGCUACAUUCGAUCAGAAGUGACAUGCUUGCAGUGCCGUGCAGUUUCCACAACAUUCCAGCACUUUCAGGACCUCCUCCUGGAUAUACGGAGGGCCAGCACAUUGGAGGAUGCUCUCUCUGCAUAUUUUACACACGAGAGGCUGGAGGGUGAUGAUGCGUAUAGAUGUGAAAGAUGUCAUCGGAAGGUACCUGCAAACAAGAAAUUUUCUCUUGAGAAACCUCCAAUGGUCCUCUGCAUACAACUUAAAAGGUUCAGCAUGUUGGGUGCUAAAUUGAAUAAGCAUGUUGAAUUUCCUCAGCGGUUGGAUCUCACCAGGUACCUCUGUCCACAGUCACAGUACCGUGGAGGACAGCCUUUGACUUACAGAUUGACAUCACUUGUUCUCCACAUGGGCUCAUCUGUAAACUGUGGUCACUACACAGCUGUUGCCCAGACAUCCACUGGUCACUGGUAUCAAUUUGAUGACAGCUCAGUAAGACCUAUAUCACUAAAUUCAGUUCUUGAUAUGAAUGCAUACAUAAUCAUCUAUGAAAUGGAUAAAUCUGAAGCAAAUAUACCUCAGACACAGCCUGCAGUGUCUACAAAACCUGCAACAGUUACUUCUGUGACAUCACAAAACACUCUUACAAAUGGAAGUACAGGCUACAAGACAAACUUACAACGGCUCGUUAGCCCUGCAAUGAUUCCUACAAGUGUAAAGGCAGCAUCUCAGACUAAUGGCCUGUUAAAUAACCACAAGCCAGCGGCCCCUGUUACAAGCAAACUGUCCCCUGUUAAAAGCCCUGUGAAAGUCACAAAAACGGAAGCCCCCAUUGCCAUAAAUAAUGUAUCUAGUCCAGCUCCAUCAUCCUUGAAAGAAAGGGUACACUCGUCACCACUGCCACAGAGCUUGGUUCCAUACGAUCCCGGUGACUCCACCGGUACAGAUUCCGAGCCGGAGGGAGAUGGAGCAGCCAGAGACUCCAGCUCCGGUGGUCCUGGUGAUGACAGUUCGGUCCCCAGCCCCCCCUCCAACAGCCCGACACCACCCCCGCCCCCUGUCACAAUCGCGACUUCCACCCCUACACCCGCUCCCAGCCCCAGACGUACGUUACAAAUCCCCCGCGCAGGUUGGCAAGUGACGGAGCAGGGCAUCUGCACGAAGCCCCCUCCACCCCCUGCCACAUCUGCUCCCAUAGCAGCUGCAACCACAACGUGGUGCGUGUCAUCUCUUUCCUCUGCCAAGGACUCGACUCCGGGGCCACCGCAGCAGCCCCAGCGGCCUGUAUCUGUGCCUACUCAGUCAGAUCGGCAUUGUAAUGGCAGUCGGAACAACAACGAUGACAGCCCGAGACUGCAUCGAGACGAAGUCAGAUCCAUAGUUGGUAAGGAAGUAGCCAAUGGAGAUGAUAGAGCAUCCCCUAUUCAUCGAUCACGAAUUCCUCACACUGUUGUCGUUCGGAUGCCAAGAGAUGAACGAUCUGAUGGUGAUAGCAGGCCAAGUAACAGUGGAAAAGGACCAAGUCAGAUGUGGGAUGGUGCUGCCAGAACAGAAAUCACUGGCAAACUGAAGCACUUGUCACACCAAGGCUAUGCAGGAGCACAAGUGACUAGUUGGGGUGGUGAACGGAGCUACGUGGACAUUGAACUGGAGAAGGAGCGUGAUAAGGAACGCAAGAGGUCUUUAGAAAAUUUGUAUGAUGAAGAGCUCGACAGAGGAAGGGCAAAGAAGAUGAAAUUCAACAAUAACAGCAGCUCGCAGCACAAUUCCCGACCCAAGUACAAUUCAUUCCAGCAGUAUCACAAUGAGAAGAUUCGUUGGAAUAACUCUGGUAACAUGUUCAGGCCACAGGUCUAUUACCGCCCACACCAUUCACAUCCUCAUCCCCCACCAUACCAUCACAAGGGAUUAUAUUACAAGAACCGUGGUGGCCAUUCCUUUCACAAAUUCAAUGGUAGUGGGAGAUUUGGUGGUUCGAAACAAGGGUCUCGUUGGCAGCGCUGACAUCUCUCUUGUAGAGGAGAGAUGUACCCUCGAGCAGAUAUCUCAAUGGAUGUAAAUAUUUUUCUUUUUCUUCAGUACCUUUUAUUUUUACUCAGUUGUCAGGCAGUCACAUUGUAAAUUGAAGUGUUUUUUAAGCUGUGACAGUAGAUGUUUUAAAUGUAUUAUAUGAACUUCAGUGGAAUAACAGAUUUGAUUGUGUAUGUAGCUAUAUAUUAUUUUCCUUUCGCUUGUGAAAGACUGCGUUAUGUGGAGAGGUAUCGUUGAUACUGUGAGAAGUGCAGAAAUUGUAUUCAAUGUGAUUCUUGUGUUUUGCAUUUAUAUGUCGUGAGUGUGUGUGUGUGUGUGUGUGUGUGUGUGUGUGUGUGUGGUGAGAGAGAGAUUGAGAUUAUUGUGAGUUUAAAAUGAACUGUACAUAGCUCAGAACUCGGUAGUAAGCGUACUUUUGAGUCAUAAUGGUCUUAAAGACCAUAUUCUGCCCAGUUUAUUUAUUUGUAAAUGUUAUUUCUUGUAGAAGAUGUACAAGAAAUAGCAUGUUUACCCAGUCUUGUGUUGCUAGUGACAAGUGUUCCUGCCGUGGUAAGUGUAGCAGUUACACUGUGUUAAAAAAGAAACCAGAAUUAUUAUUUUCCAUUCUUUAUGCACUGCAUGUAUUUAAUUCUGUUGCUGUUCAUUAACAGCUAGAUGGAAUCUGUGUAACAAAUCUUUAUCAAUGUGAUACGUGAUGUAAUAAGUGUUUCAAAAAAUGAGUGGUUUCCCCAAUGCAGAUACUUGAAUAUUUCUCUGUGUUUACAUGUUUAUACAUAUUUGUGUGCAUAAAUGUCUGGAUCGUUGCAGUAUUAUACAGACUUAUGAUACCUGCAAAAGGUGGCAAUAAAAUCA